AAACUAAAGAAAGAAAACCCCUAAUAAAUUUCACCCUUAACUAACUAUCACUCUUUUAACAGCCAUAGCCACUGGGGGUUUGUGUCUACUCUCUUCCCUUCACUGUCCGCAGCGGCAGCGGCAGCGGCACCAAAUGCGGUGGCCGGCGGCGAAGGGCGGCGGACUUGGCCUCAUCGCCAUAUCUUACGUCUCCAUCGAUUACUUGAGCCACCUCUCGCCGGCAUGGCACGCCCGUCUCCAGCCAGCCCUCUGGUCCCUUCUCGCGCUUGCUGCCGUUCUUCGCGUUCCAUUCUACAAGCACUGGUCUCCUGAGUUUCGCUCCGUCGUUCCAUUUGUCUCCUCCAUGCUCUUCAUGCUCGCCGCUCUGCUCUUCGAAGCCCUCUCGGUUCGAUUCGUCACCGCCGUCCUCGGUCUUGACUGGCACAAUGAGGCAUCGCCUCUUCCCGACACUGGCCAAUGGUUUCUCCUGGCGUUAAACGAGAAACUUCCUCAAGCUGUUGUUGACAUAUUGAGAGCUCGUAUUAUUGGACUGCACCACUUUCUGAUGUUGUUCAUUAUGCUGGGAUUCUCAGUGCUAUUCGACUCAGUAAAAGCUCCUGGACUUGGACUUGCUGCAAGGUACAUGUUCACGAUGGCGAUUGGCAGACUUCUUAGGGCCAUAACUUUUGCAUCGACAAUUCUUCCAUCUGCAAGGCCAUGGUGUGCUUAUACUCGAUUCAGAGUCCCACCGUACCCUCAUCGGUGGGCACAGAAGUACUAUAUUCCUUAUGCUGGAGAUGCUGAUACAAUUCGCCAGUUAAUAAAUCGGGACAUAGCUUUUGCUGAUCCUGGACAGAUUCUUGGCGACUACAGACCAGAUUGGGGUAUAAUGAGCUUCUUACUUGAUUUCCUACGACCAACAGCUUCUGAAGGUUCUUCCUGGUACAAUUUACUUAAGAAGGCCGGGGGUGGCUGCAACGACCUUCUAUACAGCGGCCACAUGCUUGUUGCAGUGCUCACGGCCAUGGCCUGGACGGAGGCUUAUGGAGGUCUUAGCUCGGUUGUCGUAUGGCUUUUCGUAAUACACAGUGCUCAGCGUGAAAUACGAGAGCGGCACCAUUACACUGUUGAUUGUGUUGUUGCAAUAUAUGUGGGCAUUCUCCUCUGGAAAAUGACUGGUUUCAUUUGGUCAGCUAAAGAUGUCUUGAAGCGUCGAAGACUAUCGAAGUUGGAGAAGAUUCAAAGUAAGCUGGUGCAAGCUGCGAAAGAUGCCGAUAUCAAUAACGUGAGAGAACUUCUGAAAGAAAUCGAGGUAACUAAUGAAGAGAGCGACAACCGGCGUGAGAGCGGGGUGCUGUGGUUCUUCGCUUGUGCAACGAUAUCUGUUGCACUCGUCAUUGUUCUUCUAGCAUUCACAUGGACAAGUGAUGGAUAAAUUUAGAUUUACUUAUACUGAUCACAUAUUCCACGGGUUCAUUCUGUUAAUCAAUGCGAGUUUUGUAUCUUGUUGUUGUUUAAUUAUUAGCUUAUCGGUAGGAUUUGAUGCGAGAGUGUUGGUUUUUGUAGUGUAAUGAAUGCUAAUAUAUGGUUCUACAUCUUCAUGUUUGAUUAGUUAAAUUUGAAUUAGUUAAAUUUGAAACUAAAA